AACACUCCAUAAAAAAAUAGAAGUCUCACACGAAAUGGCCGUUGAGACACAGCGAGCGAGCGGUAGACGACCUGUCUUUGUCUCCAAACAAACCCCAAUCUCAUCUUCUUAUUAUUUCUAAUCGAUCGAUCGAUCGAUCGAGCGAACCCAAAUCCUUACUACCAAUCAUUAAUUCCACAAAUUCCUUUCUCAAAAUCAUUAUUUACGAUCAUCAUUAAAUAACAGAGAAGGAAAUUGAAACGAAUUUUGAGAGAGAUCUGCAAUGGAAGUGACUACUACUUCUUCAUGGGACGCUUUACGCAAACAGGCGAGGAAACUCGAAGCUCAGUUAGAUGAGCAGAUGAACUCAUAUCGUAAACUGGCAUCCUCAAAGGGUUCUACAAAAGUUGAUUCUGCAGAGAAUGAUCCUGAAUCUGGGAUAGACCGACUAUUAAAACAGCUCCAACAAGUAAAUUCACAGAUGCAAGCAUGGGUAUCAUCUGGAGGAUCAGAAAUGGUUUCUCACACCUUGACUCGGCAUCAGGAAAUUCUUCAAGAUCUUACUCAGGAGUUUCAUCGUCUCCGUUCUGGCAUGAGGGCUAAGCAAGAACAUGCUCUGCUUCUGGAGGAUUUUAGAGAGUUUGAUCGAACAAGAUUAGAUUUGGAAGACGGUGUUGGUUCUGCAGACCAAGCUCUCCUUAGAGAGCAUGCAUCCAUUAGCCGAAAUACCGGUCAGAUGGAUAAUGUGAUUUCACAAGCUCAAGCAACUCUUGGUUCACUUGUUCUUCAACGUUCAACUUUUGGAGGAAUUAAUUCAAAGCUGAGUAAUGUUAGCAGCCGCCUCCCAACGGUAAAUCAAAUUCUGUCAGCAAUAAAGAGGAGAAAGUCCAUGGAUUCCAUCAUACUUUCCCUGGUUGCUUCCGUAUGCACUUUUCUUAUUUUUAUUUACUGGGUGACCAAGUAAGAAUUUCAUCGUGUACAUGCUUGGAAGUUGCUUGUGGGGAGACAACCCUAUUUUUUUAUUUUUUUUGCUCUAAAUUGGAUCAAGGAAGGUUGUAUUUUUUGUCCAAGUCUAUAUUGACAUCCCUAGUGGUUAAUGCUUUAUAUUAUCACCCUGUAGCAUUAAUGAUAUGCCUUUUAUGGUCAGUACAAAGUUCUUAUAGACGAAAA